UUUUGAAGAGAACUAGAGGUCAAAACUUGAAAGCUUAUCCUAGUUUCUUGGUUUUACAACCCGUGAAGUAACCGUGAUCUUUCUUGAAAUCAAAGUUCUGGGUAUCACUCUCUUCAUCUCUCAUCUUUAUUCCGCCGUUCACUCCGCCGGCAAUUUCGCCGGAAAACUUUGUUAAACCAUUAUGGCGCUAAAAACCGUUAUCCCAUUUCCCAUUUUCGCGCCAAUUCCAACCACCACCGUAAAAACCACCACUACAACGACAGAAGUUCGGUUUGCGCGGUGGAACAAUGCCAACGCCGAGAAAUUCGAGCAAAACCGCCGUACUCAGCAGCAAAUUGAAGAUGACCUCCGCCGUUUUCGCCGCUUCGAAUCCGCCCUCAACAUUUCAGCCACUUACGAUGCUGAUUCCGCCGUCACCUCGCCGCGAUCAACCACCAGAAACCCCAAUUUCAAGUCUAUCGGCACCCCUUCAAUUCCGUCUCGCUCCUCGAUUCCCGGCAAAAAAUCGAAGUAUUCAAAGCCCCAGCAAAGCCCUAACCCUAAUUCAGGCAAUUCGUCCCACCCGGCCUUUCGGAAGGUGGCAAAACGGGUUAAAAUCCCCGGAAAUAACGAAAAUGGGGCGGCGGGAGAAACGGACAUCAGAGUUGGGGAAAAUGGGGUGACGUAUGCGAUUCCAGGAGCUCCUUUCGAGUUCAUGUAUAGUUAUACUGAGACGCCCAAGAACGUGAAGCCCAUUGGUCUUAGGGAGCCCGCCGUUACGCCGUUUGGCCCGGGGACGAUGCCCCGCCCUUGGACGGGCCGGAAGCCAUUGCCCGGGAGUAAGAAGGAGAUGCCACAGUUUGACUCAUUUCGAGUGCCCCCACCUGGGAAGAAGGGAGUGAAGCCCGUUCAGAAGCCCGGCCCAUAUCUUCCAGGUUCUGGCCCGAAGUACGUGAUUUCCAGGGAGGAGGUGUUGGGGGGGCCACUGACGGCGGAUGAGGUUAAGGACUUGGUGGAAGGCUGUAAGAAGACUAGCAGGCAGCUUAAUAUGGGCAGAGAUGGUUUGACACACAACAUGUUGGACAACAUCCAUGCUCAUUGGAAGCGGCGGAGGGUUUGUAAGAUAAAAUGUAAAGGUGUUUGUACUGUAGAUAUGGAUAAUGUGUGCCAACAACUAGAGGAAAGGACUGGAGGCAAAAUUAUAUACCACCGAGGAGGCACUGUAUACCUUUUCCGUGGUAGAAACUACAAUUUUAAAACCCGGCCUCGCUUUCCUCUUAUGCUGUGGAAACCUGUUACACCGGUGUACCCCAGACUUGUCGAACGUGUUCCAGAAGGUUUGACGUUGGAUACGGCUAAUGAUAUGCGAAAAAGGGGACGUGAAUUAAUACCAAUAUGCAAGCUUGGAAAAAAUAACGUAUAUGCCGGCUUAGCAAAAAAUGUAAGGGAGGCAUUUGAAGCAUGUGAGUUGGUUAGAAUUAACUGUCAAGGAAUGAACCCUAGUGACUGCCGUAAAAUUGGCGCUAAACUCAAGGAUAUUGUCCCAUGCGUUUUGAUCUCAUUUGAAAACGAACACAUACUUAUGUGGAGAGGAAUAGACUGGAAGUCAUCUCUUCUACUACCUGAAGAUGGUGCAAAUGGUGACGGAAGUUCUGAAACUGACAGUGCUUCAUCAUCUUCUAGCUCAUGUAUUGACCUUUCCUUGGAUUCCGAGGAUGAAGAAGACUCCCCAUGUUCCUCAAAUAUAUCAAAUCAGGAACUAAAUGUAGAAAUCUCCAAUCUAAGUAAAGGUUUGACAGAUGAAACUGUACUGGAGGAUAAAUUCUCUAUGAAGGAAGAAGAUGCAUCAUUGGAGGUGGUCAACGUAGUUAUUCCAUCACAGACAAAUGGUUUAGGAAAUGAAAUAGAAUCAAACUCAAAUGAUCUUUCUGGUGAUGUCAUUGAUUCUGGUGCUGGUUCAUUAGAUGAGGAAACCAGGAUAGUUGACACUGAGGAUGGAGAGGCGGCACACAGUGAUGUGUUUAUAAACACAUCACCAGGGUACGCUGUUGACACUUCUGGUGAUUCGGCAGUUCUCAAGGAAACGCAAGGCGUGUCAGAGACCUCAGCAAACGGUCAUUCUGCAUUGUCUUCUUCCCCAUGCACAGAAGGUGUACUGUACCUCUUAAGACAAGCUGUAGAAAGUGGAAGAGCUGUGAUACUUGAUGAAAGUUCCUUAGAUGCAGACAUGGUUUAUGAAAGAUCAGUUGCCUUUGCCCGGGAAGCCCCACCCGGACCCAUUUUUACACACGGGCCACGUAAGGUGGCCGUUCAGAAAAGUGAAAACCCAGAAUCUGGGGAAUCAGAAGCUGAUGAAGAAGCAGUACUACUACCAGUUGCAGGGCCUGUUAAGAAAUCAAAUGAAAAGAAGUCAAAGGAAAGGAAGAGCUCUAUAACUUACAAGGAAAGGGAUUUUGAACAAGAGUUUUUGGGUCUAGUUCCACAGGGAAGUCUGAAAAUAGAUGAGCUUGCUAAGUUGUUGACUUAAUAAGUUAAUAUGGUAUGUGAUUAAAUAAUUCUUGUAUGACUACAAUUGCAGAUCAUUGUAAUUUUUGUUGGAAAUGGCAUCUGCAUUACCUUGUUCGUAUAUC